AAUGACAUAUAUAAUUUGUGGUUUUCAUAGAGCUGCCGAUGUGAAGAUGACUGUACGUCCCCAAGUUGUACUUGUGCCACCAUAAGCUUCAAAUGUUGGUAUGACAAGGAGGGACGUCUUCUACCCGAAUUCAACAUGUUGGACCCACCAAUGAUAUUUGAAUGUAACAGAGCCUGUUUGUGCUGGAAAAACUGUAACAAUCGACUACUGCAACACGGAAUCACUUGCCGACUGCAGUUGUUCCGAACGAAAGGAAAAGGUUGGGGAGUGAGAACACUGAAAGAAAUUCCUAAAGGAACUUUUAUUUGCGAGUAUGUAGGAGAAAUUAUUUCUGAUUCUGAAGCAGACAAGAGAGAAGAUGACUCCUACCUCUUUGACUUAGACAACAGGGAUGGAGAAACAUUUUGUCUCGAUGCUCGCUACUAUGGAAAUGUUAGUCGUUUUAUCAAUCACCUUUGUGAACCAAACUUGGUGCCUGUGAAGGUGUUUGUUGAUCAUCAAGAUUUGAGCUUUCCUCGAAUAGCCUUCUUCAGUUCUCGUGAUAUUCAACCCCAAGAGGAAUUAGGUUUUGACUACGGAGAAAAGUUUUGGGUGAUAAAGUACAAAAACUUCACAUGUGGGUGUGGAUCACCAAAAUGCAGGUACUCCAAGGAGACUAUACACACAACCCUAGAAAAUUAUUACCAUAGAUUAAAAGAGGAGCAAGGAGAUGAUUCAAGUCGAGUCAUACAGCAAGAAUGAGGUAGAGCUGUUGAAGAACAGUGGAGAAGCUCAGUUCAAGUGAUAACAUUCAUUUUGUAAUUAAACAGUGGCUACUUGUGUAGGCCUAUUGAAGAAUAAAUUAAAUCACAAUUAGUGAUGAAACAUUAAAAGCUGUUUUAGUCUUACAUUGUACAAGCUUAAAAAAAAAUAUUUUAUAGACUUAAAGAAAAACAGACUUUCAUUUAAAAUUUCAACAUUACAACAGUGAUGUUUUGUAGUCUGCGAGAUUGUUAAACCAAAAUUAAGAAAUUGCACAUAGGAUUUAUUAAUUGGGCCUAAAUUAAAUGAACCCGUGAAACGUUUAUGUGGCUAAGUUUCCCGAACUUUAGCACUCUAAAACAUAGCUCAUGUAACAUAUAGGAAAAAAUAUUCUCAACCAAGUUCGGCCCUCUAAUUUUCUUGGUUAAAAAGAAUGUUCUUUAGAGAUUGUAUGUAGACUGUAAUAUGGCCACAUAUUGAGAGAGGAUGGAAUAUUCUUAAAUGAUCCCCAACUUGCAGUUCUUUGAUUUGCAUUAAAAAAAAAAAACACAUUGGCUACACCACUAUUGUGAUUAAAGUAUGUUUCUUUUUUUAAAUUUUCUGUUGUAAAUUAUUCCGACAUUAAACUGAUACGACAUGCUGUAAGAAUUGUCUAAUAAUGUUUCAUCUAUCUCAUAUGGUUCCAUCUUUUCAACUUAUAUACUUGUGAAAGUUAAUAACUUUUAUAAACUUAUCUUCUUGUGUGUUUUGUAAGUCAUUGUAUAUGUGUAUGAGAUUUGUACAGAAUCUUUAGGUUGUUUAGUAUUCAUUAGCUUAUUAAAGAUUAAAACAAACAACUUGUUUUAAUGUCUAAUUAACUGAAACUUGAUCAAUUUUGUAAGGUUCCACUACGUACGUGUGAUGAACGUAUAGCACUUUCUGAUACAACUACAGAAUACUGAAAUUUUCUAAAUCAUGUAAAGUCAUUUUUGUAAGAAUCGUAGGUAGCCGUAGAACUACCACAACACAGCAGUUCAAACAUUAUAAACCGAUCAUUUGCCGAUAGCUAAUAUUUCUGUGUUGUUCAUUUUUGGUUGUCACCUAUAGCAUGAAUCUUGAAAUUUACAGUUCCCUAAUCUUCAGCGACUGGUCCAGUAUUCCUAAGAACACAGUCUUAUAUUUGAUUUUCUUAAAACAGAACUUUAUUGGUUGAAAGAAACAUGUGACUAGUCUUUAAAGUCACAUUUAUGUUGUAACUUUUUUUUUUUACUAUUAUUUGUUUCAGAUAGUUUUCAUCUCAUGUAAUGUGUGUGUUGCGAUAAAUAUGCUUACUGGUUUUACUGUGUCAUAAGUUUUCAGGUAAAGACAUUUUAAUUGUCUAACGACUUGUUAAAGAUUUUUUUUGAGGAACGUAAACUGGUGAUGGGCAAGAGUGUGUUAAUGCUUUCCUACAAAUCUAGAAGGGACAUCGUUCAAAAGUACUGACCAGUAACAACUUCGGCAAAUUUUGUGGACUUGAAUACUUUACAGCUAGUCUUACCCAUGUUUAAUGACUAACGGCUGAUAAUAUCUCUAAAACAAACUUUGCCAUUUUACAUGUUUGCUUUCAGGGGAGAGGUGGUCACUAAAAACUUGUGUCUUUUGCUUUUGUGAAAAUGGUGAAAAUCGUGAUUGAACAACUGUUUGAAAUAUAAAUAAAGAAGUAUCCAUCAUGGAAAUUAACAAAAAUAGCAUUUUUUAACAAGUUUACGUACAAGACUGUCCAUGAAAUUUUGUGAAUCGACAAGCACUUGUUAUUUUGAAUGUUUUAUUACGUUGUGCUGCAAAUGUAGCAAAAGGUUUUAAGAUGUGAUUAUGAAUUACUUGACUUUGUGUUAGGUUUUAGAUUAGUAAUCUCUUUUAAUUGUAAAUAUCUCUCUUCAUGAGAGCUUAUUUCAUUAACAUACAAUAUUAGGCUUACCUAUUAAUAAGAAACCUUGCAUUUCUAAAUACAAAAUUCAGGUUAUUUCUUUUUACCAAUUGAAGCCCCCCUCCCAGAUCUUCAAAAGAAAUAAUUGAGAUUUCAAUUUCUACGAAACUGAACUAUGGAUUCUGAGAGGAAAAUGUAAAUAUGAAAAAAACUAAACUUGUGUGGGGCACGAGUAUUUCCUAAACUACAAUGUUUUUCCUUGAUUUUUUUCUGUUUUCUUGAAGAAGUAUGGUAGAGUGACUUUAGAUAUGUUGAAUUUUUGAUCAGUUAAAACAUUUAUGUAACAACUAUGAAUUCACAAUUAAUUAAAAUGAGAAACCCUGAAAAUGUUACUUAACUUUCAAAGAAGUAACACUUAACUAAAUACAGAAAAUAUGAAUUGUAACCUAAUUAAUGUCGAAAGUACGUAUUUGUGCAAAAAGAGAAAGAAAUGGCUUUUAUUGUGCAUAUUAUUGAUAUAUUUUCAAUGAGAAGUAAGGCUUGAGAAAUGUAUUAUGAAACAUUGAAAAUGUUGAUUUUGUUGUGCACAGUCUGACAUUCUGUUUGUGUAUUUCUUAAUUCAAACUAGCAGAAAUGUUAAGUUGCUCAUAUAUUCUUUUUGCAAUAAAGAAUUAAAAGUUU